AUGCAACAAAUUGGCCUGGAGCUAGAAACAGGAAAAGCUGGGCUAUAUAUAAAUCAGUCAGCAAUCCACGUCGUGAGUCGAGACCCAGCAGAGCCCAGAGCCGGAGAGAGCCAGAGAGCCACUGCUACGAUCCUCCCUGUGUGCUGCUUCACCUGCUGCUACAAGGUCAUGGGCAACAAGUGGGCACCCUACCUGGAGCUGCUGAAGGCCAAGUAUACCGAGGGAGACACCCUGGACACCCUGGGCCUGAAGUAUUACUGCUGCCUCCUCAUGCUGCUGUUGCUUGUGGAUCUGAUGAAGAAGCUGCUCAACUACGCGUCCCUGGAGAAGUGA